AAAACUACACAGCUUAAUAUUUCAAUUUCAUUUAUCGUAAUCUAAAAAUAUCCAAUUGUUUUAACCCAAAUCACAAUCAAUAUUACUGUAAUUACUUUGAGUGGCAACUAUUCUUAUGAUCGACAAAUAACGCGGCGCCCAAUACUGUUGAAGACAUCGCCCACGGAGUGGAGGAGACAGUGAAGGAACUGUUGGCCAAAAUGCCCGAAACAAAGCUUAUACUGUUGGGAGUGUUGCCGAGGGCCGAGCCAUUGGGCGCUAAAGUGAAACAAGUGAAUACAUUGAUCAAGAAAUUAAAUAACGAUAAGAAUGUAUUCUUUCUGGACAUGUGGUCAGCCUAUGAGAGCGCUGACGGACACAUCAAGACUGAACUCUUUGGGUCCGACAAACUGCACCCAAAUGCCAGAGGGUAUGAGGUUUGGCAGCAGACUAUGGAACCAUUGCUUAAUAAAUUGUUGCAAUAAUUUAUAUAUAUUUUUUGUUGAAAUAAACAUUAUUUGUAUUAAAUUUUAAUUUUUUAAUGC